CAGUCCACGGCUCCCACUCCCACCUGUCGCCGUCGCCACCACCGCUACCGUCCAGCUCCCCGAAACCCGCAAAAAGGCAACCACCACCUCCCCACUACGCGCGGCGCGCGCGCUCGCCUCCCGAGGAUGGCCGCCUCCGGCCGCAAGCGCUCCCGCCGCGCCCGCGCGCCCAUUCCAGCGACGCCGUCGCCACCGCCGCCGUCGCCGCCACCGGCUCCCCAGUCGCCGCCGCAGCUGACGUCACUGCUGGCGCUGCUCGCCUCCUCCGUCACCCAGGCGCUGCGGUUCGCGUCCGACCGCGACCUCCUCCUGCUCCCGUCCCAGACGCUGGCGCUGGACCCGCUCCUCCUCUCCGCGGCGCGCGCCGUGUCGCGCCUCCUCGCGCUGCUCCCGCUCCACCUCCAGACGCUCACGCUCACCUCCCUCUCGCUCUCCCCGCCCACGCCGUCGCCGCCGCUGCCCUCCUCCUGGUUCCUCCGCCUCCUCUCCUCCCCCACGCUCCCGGACUCCGCCUGGCGCGACGCGUUCCGCAUGUCCAAGCCAGCCUUCUUCCACCUCCUCCACGCGCUCGCGCUCCCCGCCCCCGCGGCCUCGUCCUCGUCCCUCGCGCUCCCGCCCGACCACAAGCUCGGCGCCGCGCUGUUCCGCCUCGCCCACGCCGCGCCCGCGCGCGCCGUGGCGCGCCGCUUCGGCCUCCCGUCACCCGCCGUCGCCGCGCGCGCGUUCUACGAGGUCUGCCGCGCGAUCGCCGACCGCCUCGCCGUGCUGCUCGACCUCGCCGCGCCCGACCGAAUCGCGCGCGCCGUCCCGGGCUUCUGCGCGCUCUCCCUGCCCAACUGCUGCGGCGCGCUCGGGUACGCGCGGUUCGGGGAGGCCGCCAUCGCGCAAGCGCUGGUCGAUGCCGACGGCCGCUUCCUCGACGUCUCCAUCGGGUGGGAUCCGGAAAUGGCGCCGGCGGAGAUCCUCCCACGGACGAAGCUAUACACCUCCCAAUCCAUCUUGCUCGCCAAUGCGCCUCAUGGCGAGCUUAUUGGUGGCUCGGUGCCCCGCUACUUCUUGGGGCCUGCUUGCUGCCCGCUGCUCCCCUGGCUUGUGGCACCGUACAAGCAUGUGGAUCCCACUGGUGACUUACGCAAAGAGAGCAUCUUUAACCAUGUGCACGCGCACGGGCUGCAGGUGGUGAAGAAUGCCUUUGGCCAUGUGCGGGCAAGGUGGAGGCUUCUGGACGAAAGCUGGAAGGGCGAGUGCCAAGAGGCACUGCCGUAUGUUGUGGUUGCUGGUUGUCUGCUCCACAAUUUUCUCAACAAAUGUGGCGAGCCGAUGCCUGAAGAGAUUCAGGGGAACUCUGACGCUGAUGAGUUUGGGGACUUUGAGGGUGACAAGGACAUGGAAGGGGAGAGGAUCAGGGAUGUUCUUGCUGCACAUUUGAGCUUGGUAAGCCGAAAUCAGUGAGUGUAUAUAGUAGUCUAUGUGAUCCCAGCAUCAUCCAUCUGGAAUGCUUCUGUAAAUAUGUACCUUAUGCUAAUCUUCUACGUGAGCUGCUUUAAUCCAUUGCUCUACUGUUCUCAGUUUACUUGACUAGCCCACUGCUAACUUUUUGUUUGGCACUGCAAAUUGGAUGCCACGCCUAAUGUUGGUAGUCUGAUGCAGUUUCAUCUUC